AGUGCCUUUCAUCUGAGAAGUUCAAGGCACUUGUAGAACUUCUGGCACACAGGCCGUGGGUCUUGCAGCACAUUUGUAAGCAUGGCUGCCAUCCGGAAGAAAUUGGUGAUUGUUGGUGAUGGAGCCUGUGGCAAGACUUGCUUGCUCAUCGUCUUUAGCAAGGACCAGUUCCCAGAGGUGUAUGUGCCCACAGUGUUUGAGAACUAUGUGGCAGAUAUUGAAGUGGAUGGAAAGCAGGUAGAGUUGGCGUUGUGGGAUACAGCUGGGCAGGAAGAUUAUGAUCGUUUGAGACCUCUCUCCUAUCCGGACACUGAUGUUAUACUGAUGUGUUUCUCCAUUGACAGCCCUGAUAGUUUAGAAAACAUCCCAGAAAAAUGGACUCCAGAAGUCAAGCACUUCUGUCCCAACGUGCCCAUCAUCCUGGUUGGGAACAAGAAGGAUCUUCGGAAUGAUGAGCACACAAGGCGGGAGCUGGCCAAGAUGAAGCAGGAGCCAGUGAAACCAGAAGAAGGCAGAGAUAUGGCGAACAGGAUUGGUGCUUUUGGGUACAUGGAGUGUUCAGCAAAGACCAAAGAUGGAGUGAGGGAGGUUUUUGAAAUGGCCACGAGAGCUGCUCUCCAAGCCAGACGUGGGAAGAAAAAAUCUGGGUGCCUUGUCUUGUGAAACCCUGCUGCAAGCACAGCCCUCAUGCGGUUAAUUUUGAAGUGCUGUUUAUUAAUCUUAGUGUAUGAUUACUGGCCUUUUUCAUUUAUCUAUAAUUUACCUAAGAUUACAAAUCAGAAGUCAUCUUGCUACCAUU